AUGGCUGAGAUGACCACUUCUGACCUUGUCUGCUAUGCACAGAAACUCCAAAGCCUUCUGCUAGCCCAUGACAAGGCUGCCAAGCAAGUCAGCUUCUUAGAUGACCAGAUGCUCCGCCUUGACCGCCAACUCUUUUUAUCUACACUGGACGAUGCCCACAGUCUUGUCCUCCACCUACUGACCCGCAAGUCCAUCAUCCAGGGUGUGCGCAAGAUGUUUGACCAGUACCGAUCCACCAAGCAACACCAAGUUCAAGAGUUAUCUGCCCUUAUCCUCUCAUCCCUGGGAGGAGAGAUGGACUUGGAGAUUCCAGUCACAGCAGGACGGAAUGUGGAAACAGAUGAACUAGCCAGGAUGUCUACAACUAACUACAGUGUUCUCUGGAGGGGUGUGUGA